AUGGACACGAUUCUACAUUUUGUUCAUCACUUAGUAUCAUUUGCGAUCUAUGUUUGGUCGUUUUGCAUGACUCUUCGAACUGUAGCACAAAGUAAAUCAUCAGUUCACAAACAGUCAUUUCUGAUUACAUUCUGCGAACAAAUACAACAAUGCAAAGAUCAAUUGAUUUGUCCGUUCGUACUGAUCGCUUCGACCUUACCACAACUCAUCAUUGUUUUCGCUGUCGAUUGCGAUCAAUGGUACAACAUGUGGCUUCGAUAUCUUAUACUUGCCAUGUAUCUCAUCACGCAUAUUCCUGAAGUCUUAACAUUUUUUCUGUUUAUUUAUCCGUCAACUGUGUACAAAAAUGCUUUUCGACAGACAAGCAUUGAUAAACGAUUAUGUAUUAUACUGAAAUGGGAUGAGGAUGAAAAUAAAACAACACACCCACAAUGGAUUUCUUUCAUGUUAUAUUUUCUUCAGGAGUAA